AAAAAGUAAAAACUAAAAAAAAAAAAAAAAAAAAAAAAAAAACACAGCACUCGUCUGAUAAGUUUGCGGUUUCCAUUUUCAAAUUCUCAUUGAUUUAUUCCUAUUUAGAUCAAAUUAAACCUAGUUUUUUGGAUGAUUAACAUUUCUGCACACGUCAAUUGUUUUGUGAAGUCCAGUCUCAGGAUUCGCCGGCCUCACUCUUCUCUGAUUUACAUACACCAUACAUACAUUGUUUCCAUGCAAGACCCUCAUGGACGGAAACAUCCUUCAGGAUAAACUUGAUACAUUGCUAAAGCAGCGAGAAUUUCCCAAAACAAUUUGUCCGUCUGAAGCUCCACGCUCUCUUUCAAGUGCCGAGCUAAAGUCUCUUGGUGUGACGGAAUGGCGUGAGCUCAUGCCAAAAGUGCGAAGUAUACUCUGGAAGAUGCGAGAACAAGACCUAGUAGAAAUUCUUCAAAAAGGUGAACCUGUUCCUAUGGAGGUGGGUCCAGAGGAAGUCAGAGGUCCCAUUAGAGCUCGCAGAACUGUGAGCAAAACGUGAUCCUCUCGAAGUUUUAAGGUCUCAACAUAUCUCUCUUCAGUAGAUCUUUAAAAUGGCAGUUACCUGGGAAUAUUCAGAAGCUGAUUUUAUAUACAUAACAGACUGGGGGGUGAGAACCCUUUCGAAGUUUGAUGAGGCCUUACAAGGAUGUUGGCGUAGCAAACAGAAUGAUAAUGUUUUUCGGUAUAAACUGAAUGUGCAGAAGUCCAAAUUCCUUGGAAAACAUCGCUUGUUCAUUCAGCUCAAUACAGAAAGAGGGUCCUUAUAUCGACAGCCACAGAAAUUUGUAUCAGUAGAUGAGCCAUUCAAUCCCAAUGCGUUCAACUUUACUAAGAUGAAAGAGGCUGAAAAAAUGUUUGAGCUGAAAAGGAAGGAUCUCAAAGGCUGUGAAGCAACACUUGCUGUGAAUGUUAGCCCUAUCGAGAGCGGUCACUCGCUGAUCUUACCCUCUUUGUAUUCAUGUCUGCCACAAGUCAUGACUGAGGAGAGUCUGCAAAUAUCGGUGGACGUUCUGCUUUUGAGUGCAUCGCCUGCUUUGAGGGUAAUUUAUAACAGCCCGUGCGCUUUUGCAUCCAUCAAUCAUCUCCACUUUCAUGCACUGUACCUGGACCAGAGGAUGACAUUGGAGACUGCUCCCACUCGACACUUGAGCGGCCCUUGCUUCGAGCUGGUAGACUUCCCUUCUAAGGGAUUCAUGUUUGAAAUGGGCGAAGGAUCUUCUCAGGCUUUGUGUAGCAAUGUCUUCAAACUGGUAUCAUUCUUCCAGAAAAAUAACAUAGCUCACAAUCUAUGCUUAACAAGAGGAACUUCACAAGUUUCUUCAGCCGUAACUAAUGAAGCAAGGGAUUGUGUCCGAGCUUACGUUUGGGGUCGCACUGCCUGCAAUUCCACCAUUGACUCAAAAACAAUUUUCGAAAUUCUUCCUGCUGCUUGUGAACUUUUUGGCUUCAUAACUGCCAAAACGGAGGCAAUUUAUGAAAAAGUAAGCGCAGAAGAUGUGGAGAAAAUUUUACAUGAUGUCACCAAUGAUGUGUACCAAUCAGUACGAAAUGGUGUCAAACUGUUAUUUGAUGACACCCAUGAUUCAUCGCUUGCCAGCAGUAGCUCAAGUCUUAAGUAAUUUUAUUACAAAGAACUCCUCUUAAUUCCACAGAAACGAUCAUUGUAAUUAGUACAUAAAAAAUCAUAUUAGGCGAAGUAUUAGAGUUCUGCCCGGGGGAGUCAGAAUGUGUUUUAGUGUAAAGCAAAUCUGGAUCUCAUUCUUGGAAGAAAGAUUAUCUUUUUCCAAAUCUUCUUGAAAGAAUAAUAAUUUAAGUCUUCGCAAUGGAUCCCCAUUGCUAAUUUAUUUUCUUUCAGCCUCAGCAGGUCCAAGCCCCUUUAUUCCCAGGAACUGACAGCGAAAUUCGACCAAGUGUCAUUUUCAAAUUUUAUUUUAUUUUAGUGAUGAUUUCCCAGUUCCUUACUGCAUUUAGAGUACUUCUCACAGCCCUGCAUUAUCAACCAACAGCUUCAGCCAUUAAUGGACCAACUACUGCCAAAAUAGCACUUGCGGGUUUUGUCUAAGGAGUGGAGUUGAUUGAUUGUUCGUAGUUUGUUACAUACUGUUACAUUGUUAAUUACCCAGCAGUUUAUUUUUCCUCCUGAUUUUAUGUUUUGUAUGUCUUUAAGUUCAUGUAUUUCAAUAAGUAUUCCUAGUUCUGGAACUGUUAUUCACAUUAAUAGAGAAAAUAAAGUUUCUAAAAAUUAUCUUCUGACAUGGCAGCUCUCAAAAUCCAUUUUCUGUUUGGUGCAUUUCAAACUCAGAUUAGGAAGCAAGUUCAAAGGCAGUGAUCCUUUAUCUUCUGUGACAGUGAAGAUUCCAUCAAUUUUAGGAGUCGUUUAUAAAAUAUGUAACGCUCUGAGAGGAGGGGGGUGAGGAGAGCGUUACGCCAUUUAGUCUCUUGUUUUUUAGGAUAAAGGACCUGUAUCACAAAAAUGUUACAAAGGAGAGGGGGGUACAGGUUAUAUUUUCAUAUCAUUCAACACUGAAAUAUUGCUGAAAAUAUGUUGCUUAUUACCAAAGGAGACUUUGAAUUUUAUGUACUGACUGAGAAUACAGCCCUAUGACUCCUCUUCCUUCAUUUUGAGCCUGAAAGAUGAAUCGCCUCGAUUGAAAACAUCUGAUGUCCAAUACUAAGUUUCAGAGGAUGGCUGGGGCGAUUUACUAAAAUUGGUUUAAAACAUGAGAAAUGUAGUAUAUGUAGUUUUAUUUGAAGCCCCACAGAUUUAACUGUGGGAGGGCAAUAAGAACGACUGCAAUUACUAUUAAUGUGUGACUCACAUCGGAUGUUGUAGCUUGAGCUGAUUAAAAAAGGAGAGGUGGUAGAUGAAUGAAUAAAUCAGUCGUUAGAAUUGAAA